AUUUUUCAGCCAGUCUGAUUUCGUUUGCGGAGGGACGUACUCGCUCGUUCAAUUUUAGUGCUGUGCCCUUAACUGUCAAAUUUCGAAAAAAUCCAACUUAAAGAUGGCUGACGCAGUAAAGAAAUCUAGAAUAGUAAGUGACGACGAAAACCUGGAAGAAGCUUUCCUAGAGGAAUUUAACCUAAGACUAAAAAACUGCAUGAGCCAAGACGAUCUUCAAAAAGAAACAGAACCUCCGGAACCAGACGACAUCUACGAAAACAUAAAUUCGCCCAAAAAAGUGAUCCUUGACACGAAUAAUUUUUUACAAACGGAAAUCGAAGAAAACCACUAUGAGGUGCCAAAAGGUACCCGAUUGAAAAAUGGUACGAAAGAAAACGGACAUAAAAGCGAAGAGGAAAUUUAUGAAUCUAUUCCAGAAAAGACUGAUACAAAUUUGGACCAAAAUUACAUUCCGAUGGUAGAAAAUAAGAACGAAAUAGAUUUAAGUCCUCAAAAGUCUGAAGAAUACGAACCUAUGGGGCUUGAAGAAGUAAGGUCCAAUCUUUACGAGAGCGUAGAAUUAGCAAAAACAGAACAACCCCCGAAAAAAGCAACUCCUACCCUAAAUCUUCCUACAACAUGUUUUACAGAUUAUUCAGAAGACAUGUCACCAGACAAAGAAGGCAAAUGCUCAGUUACAGCCAGAGACAGAAUGCUUCUGAGCUGUGACGAUACAUCAACACUUUUAUUUACUCAAACCGUUACUUCCCCAAUGCUGACCCCAAGUGAAGAAAACAUCGACUUCCUAAAAGGCUUCCAAAGAGAUAAUACUAUAUCUGAAAGUACUGCGACUAACAGUAGCCCUCCUAAAGACUUAGAAGAGAAACUUGAAGCCUCCGAAACCAGCCCCGACGUUUCUGAGAAUUUGGAAGAAGAAAAGACUGCUGCAGCAGAAAAUUUUUACGAAAAUACCGAUUUUUACAAUAACACUACACCAGAAAAUAUGUACGAAAACGUCAAUAUGGAAGCUAAUGCUGCUUCUAAUGUUGAAGAAGAAGCAAUUUACGAACAAUUAGAAUUAAAAAACAAAACUCCUGAAGAACAAGAAGAAGGAAAUAUUUAUCAAAAUAUCGAAGAAGCUUUAGCUGAAGAUGUAAUACAGAAAAAUCGUAAAAGUCAAGAUACAGAUGAAGGUAGCUUAGAGGAAUUUAUAAGAUAUGAAAAGGAAGUUUCGGAAAGCUUUUUGGUUAAUAAGGAACGUUUUGAAGAAGACAUAGAAGAAGAAAUCAAUGAUGUUGAAGGGGAAAAUAUUCAAGAAUUUGAUAAUCAGGAAGUUAUUGAUCCACCAGUCGAACAAGAAACAAUCUCUACAACGGAAAAAACUAUUGCCGAACCCUUACAAAAUGGACAACAAGAAUCUAUGGAAAGCAUUCAAACAAGUUUAGAUUCAGUCUCAGAAAGCAAAGAAAAAAUAUUCUCAGAAACUUAUAAGGAACUAAUUUAUCAUCAAAAAUCCGAAUCAAAUUCAAAUUAUUACGAAAAAUAUACCGAGGUACUGACCAAGAAAUCUAAAACUAACGAUUUGAUGACUAACAGAGAAAAAGAUACAGAAACAGUACCAGCCGAGAUAGUGAAAAACUUAAAAAGCCAAUUCCAAAGUAAAGCGGAUGGAGCGGAGGUGGUAGGCAUUGUAAGAAAAGUGACCAAUACUACUGCAGCUGAAAUCAAAAGUGCAAAUAUAAUUAAUCAAAUAAAAACAAAGUUUGAGGGAGCAACAGACAGUGGAGGAGGAAAAACUACUGUUGUUGAUGGUGAUACUACCGAAUAUUCAGAAACUAUAGUAGAGACCAAUGCUCCUGGUGAAAAAUGCAUUAAAAAGAAAAAAGUGAAAAAGACCAGAAAAGAGGAAAAAGAAAAUAUUUCUGUUACAGAAAACGGACAAGUAGAUGGGGAAAACUUUUACAAUGUUAGCGUGAAAAAUUUGUGUAGAUCGUUUGGCGAUUUAACAAAAUUAGAAAAGGAUAGAAAUAAUAGAAAGAAUAUUGACAGAAUGCGUACUAAAUCAUUGACUGACAUGGAAAUUAGUCAUUCUAACAAUAAAACCAUCGAAAAUGUAUUUUCCGGAGUAUCAGUACGGACUUUGAAAGAAAAAUUUAACAGCGCUGGAAAUAACACUAACUGUAACCCGCUCAAAGGUUCAAACAAGAAAUCAAGUUUCUCCAAAUUUGACGCUCUACAAAAGAAAAAUGUACUUCAUGUUAGAUCAUCGGACUCUACCAAAGCUCAAGAAAAAUUCAGUAAUGGAAGCCAGAUUGAAUUAUCUACAAACUGCAAGUCGUGCGGCAAGCAAGUAUUCCAAAUGGAACAAAUCAAAGCUGAGCGGUCUUUAUGGCACAAAAACUGCUUUAGAUGUACGGAAUGUAGCAAACAGCUCACGGUCGACACCUACGAAAGUAAUGACGGUUCUUUAUACUGCAAACCUCAUUUUAAAGCUCUCUUCGCACCAAAAGCUGUAGAAGAAGAUGCAUCUCCCAAACCAAGACGUCCUGAAUUAAUAAUUCGUGAAAAUCAGCCACAGGAACUGCCUCCUGAUGUAGUUAGAGCAAGCGAUAAGCCCGACUUGGGCCUCGAAGAACUCCAAAGCCUUAACGUAAAAGAAAGGUUCCAAGUAUUCGAGCAUUACCAGCAACAAACUGAAACUAACGAAAUGGAAAAAGGAGCUCUCAAUGUCAAGAGAUCACCCAGUAUCUUAUCAAAAUUAGCUAGAUUCCAGAAACAUGGUAUGGAUAUUGGCGUCUCCAACGAAGCUUUAGAUGGAAUUCCGAUUGAAGAGUCUGAAUCGGAAGAGGAAGAAGACGAUGUGCCAGAUGGUGAAGAUGCCGAUCUGGUUAGAGCAAAGAAGGUGCAAAAAGAAAAACCCUUCCACUUUACCGGAAUGUCUGAUGUGAAGAAAAGAUGGGAACAGGGCGAUAAUGCCAGAGAAGAAAGGAGAGAGGAGACUAAACAGGAAAUACAGAAUAUUAGGACUAGAUUGUUUAUGGGAAAGCAAGAAAAAAUGAAGGAAGCUUACCAGCAAGCGGUAAUGGAAAGCGAAUCAAGCUCAAACCUUAGAAAGAAUAUUUCGGAAAAAAUCGAAGCCUGUGAUACUAAAUCUAUUAAAGAACGAUUCGAGAAGGGAGAAAAUGUCAACGAGAAAACUGACAAGGAAAACAGAAACGAAGAAGAAGAAGUUUACGAAAGCGAAAUAAGCAAGAAAUCAAGAUCUUUGUUCCUAGAGUUAGACGCUAGUGCAUCGAAAGCUCCCCAACUUUCUCCUGUAACUCCACCGAAAUUGGAAGUUAAAAAAGCUAGAGAGGCUUAUUUAGAAAAGGCUUCAAAAGAGGAUACAGUAAAAUCAACUGAAACUGUUGAAGAAGUAGAAGUAAAAACGGCAGAUAUACAAGAAAGAUUUAAAUUUUUUGAAACUUACAAAGAACCCGAGAAGCACAAGAAGCAGUUUAGGAUAACUCCUCCCAGAGAUCCUUCUCAAGUUAAGACCGAGACUCCAGAUCGUGAAAUUUACCGAGACCCUGAUGUUAUCAGAGCAGAUGAAGAAUUCGUGGACGACUCAAAAGUCGCCCAAGAGUCGCAUACAGCCUCAAAAAUGUUAAAUAAAUUCAGGCAAAUGGAAGAGAAUCUUACCAGGGAACCAGAAAUUCAAGGUCCCAAACCACUCAAAUGUUUCACACCACCUCCAGAACCUUCGAAACCAGAAACCCAGAGCGAAGAAGAGGAAUCUUCAGAAUACGAAGAAGAGGAGGAAGAAACAGAGGAAGUAGAUAACAGCGGAAAAUUGCCACAAGAUCUUAUUGAAGCGCAAAAAGCAGCUAGAGCUAAACAGUUGAGAGCCAAAUUUGAGAAAUGGGAAGCAAACGAAAUUAAAAAGGAACAAAACUCAAUUAAUAUCACUGAAGAGUAUGGCGAAGAACAAUCGCAGAUUGAAUCUACUAGAGUGUUAAGGGCAAGAUUUGAGCAAAUGAGAGGUAGUAGCACCGAGACGGCUAAAUCGGCAAGAGUGAAGCCAAAUCGCUUUGUGUGAAAGAACAAUUAACGUAAGAUUUAUCAAAAACAUAAUCGUCCCUCGUCAAAGUGUCAAUGUAAAUUUUAUUGUCUUGAAAAUGUGAAAAAAAAACGACUAAAUUAAUUUUGUCGUUUUUACUACACACUUCUUCUGUACUUCAUAUUAUAGGAUAUUAGACAGUUGAGCUACUAAACUUGUUUUUAUUGUUCUUCCAAUACAAGCUAAAAGCGCUUAAUUUAAUUCGGUAGCUUAAUUUGUCUAGUAGAAGUUUUUGAGGGUAAUAUCCAAUUUUGAGACUAGAACAAAUAGAUACGAUAAUUCACUCAAAUUUGGAUUGCUCCAGUUCUAUUUCUUGUAUAUAUAAAUGUAGGUAAAAGAGGCAAUAGAAAACAAAAUUAGAAAAAACUUCCUUUUUGAUAAUCUACUUUUUAGAAGAAGGGAUGUAUUAGGGUACUUUUGUUAUGUCAUGUUUUUACAUUUUAUACCAAUUUACGUGUGAUUUUUUUGUCUUUAAUUAUUUGUUGAAACUGCGAUGAAAUAAUUGAAGCAAAUUUCAUCCUAAAAUAAACUCUCCAAUAAAGUUAUGUUCACUAUGUUAGCUAUUUUCAAGCGCUUUGUUGAUUUUACUGAAAUUUGAUAGUUUAUUAGUACCUAUUUAUUAUUUUUAAGGAGAAAACUAUUACCGCUUUGAACGCGCAUGUUUCUAGUAGAAAAAUAUUUUGUUGAAACGUUUUAGUCUAUAAUAUGGCUUUAAUUACUCAAAACAAACUAAUUUUUGUAUUAAUAUUUUUGGAUGGCAGACCUUAUUACUACAAGAAAGGCUUACAGAAAAAUGCGAAAUAUUUACAACAAAAAUAAAUGUGCAGUUGAGUAGCAUGGCAGAAUCAUUGACAUAAACAGUUUCAACUCCCUUACUUUGGACCUUUGAUUCACAAAAAAAACCUAAACGAAAGCAGCGGAGAGAUUGUCUUCAAGAAUCUGUAUAAUUUGAGACCAGAAAAUAGAUUUAUUUUUCUCCAAAGUUUUUCUUGUAGUAGGUAUAAGUAUGCAAACAUUGUUGGGACAGGAACUGGAUUAUACAGAAACUUAUUGAUAAUAUGGAAUUGCAAUUUAUCCACUUAAAAAACAUUAAAUUGACUGCAAAUUUAUUUUAGACUCAUAUCACGAUUUGAUUUGCAGUCAUUAUAGGCACUUAAACGUCUCAAUGUCCUAGAGGUAGAUCUAAUUAAAUCUCUUCAAUGUUCUGAUACAAAUAUCCAAAAAAAAUAAAACACCCGAUAGUAAAAUAAUCCAUUUUUAAUUUAUUUUUGAUGUUAGCUGUUAGCCAAAUAAUUAGAUAAUAUUUUUCGUCAUUGAGCAUAAAUACGAUUUUAUUUAUUACAAUUUAUGUGUGGAAUUUAGAAAUUAUUUGUUUUAUUAUUAUUGUAAUUGUAUUUCUUAAUUCCACAUUAUGUUUUUAAUGUAUUAUUGAUGUUUUAGGUAGUUACAUUAUUAUUGUGCCAAUUUUUUUAAAAAUAUGUUGAGUGAUUU